AUGUUGGGGCUGCACGGCGGCCAUCUGACUGAGAGGGCCAUGCCAUGUUGGGGGCCGCCUGGCGGCCGUCCAGGGUGGGAAGGGCAAAGUUUUGAAAAUCGUCUGGCUAUUGAAAUGGGACCGUGGGAAAACCUAGGACUGCCGUUUUUUUGGCUGGUCCCAAACCUGAAGGUGCUCAUAACUGAUGAACGGGUGGAACCCAAGAAACGGACGCCGCGCAUAAGCGCCGAGAUGGCCAUCCACGAGGUGCGUUGUGCCAACUGCAAGAAAGUGGCCCGCACAUGCCACGUCGCCUCCACGGGCGAGUCGUGCUACGAGUGCCGCCGUGGGAAGGUGAAGUGCUCCCAUGUCGGAGUCAAAGGAAACAAAAAGACCGCGGCACCCUCACCUCCACUUCCACCUCCACCACCACCAGCGCCGGCUCCCAAGCCUAAACCUAGGCCGAAGCCGGUUGCUUCGACUUCCCGUCCCGUCCGGGCCUGCUCAAAGGCCACGCAAGUGCCAGGCCAGGCCGCCAGGACACAAACUAAGUCCAGCGAGCCAGCCGCCGUCGCACCGGCACAACCACGGGCGGUGCCAGGCCCCCGGUGCGUAAACAACGCCUACGUCGAGCUCCGGACGUGCACCAAGCGGAAGAUCGCCGCCGUCGAGGAGGAAGAGAGCGAGAGCGAGGACGGCGAGGAGGAGGCAUACUUGGCCGGUCGGGUGUCGGGCCUCUCCAACAUCUUGCAGAUGAUAGAGAUGGCCUGCGCCACUAUGAGGAAGGAGGUGGAGGAGAUUGAUGGGCAGGUUACAAAGCGCCGCCGCCGCCGCCGCUAA